AUGGAUUCACAAGAACUCUUCGAUAAUGGUAACAAGGGUUUCCUCUACAUGUUGCUUCGAAUUGCUUUUGCCCUUCUUUUCCCUAUCUUCGCUUUCUUUUCCUUAUCAUUUUUAGUCGGGGUCCUUUCCAUUUUCAUGGAGGAACUAUCAAUUUCAUAUCCAAUUUUCAUGCCCACACAGUGCAAGAUAGUCUCAAGCAGUGUGGAUAUUAGGUCGUCGAAGGUAGAGUACAGAGACCAUUGUUUAGGUCAGAUGCAAUUUGCCAUGGCAGAGGCACCAAAUGAAGCCCUUCCACUAAGUUGCAGGCGGCCUAACUUUGGUUCUGCUUGGUUAACCAAAGAUAAGUUCAAGGUAAAUGAAACCUAUGACUGCUGGUACAUAUCGGGUAUUUCUACAGUAAAGUUGUAUAAUGAUGGUUUUUUCAGUUGCCAAGCUAAAGAUCCAUCUCUGAUCGAGAUGAUGAAGCUAUACUUUAUUCUUGUCCUUACUCCGUUUUCUCUAUUUUGUAGUUUUGUUUCAGUUUUACAUCUGCCAAUUGAUAAUGAGCUAUUGGUUCUAUUGACUCUUGUUGCUUUCUGCCAUGCUCUUGGACAUGUUAUGUCUAAUGUAUCAUUUGAUGUUGUUGCAGUGUCCUUCACUCACACUAUUACAGCUUUGCCUGUUAUUAAUCUUUGCCGCCUGAUGUUAUCUUCUGCUUUACUUUCAGGUGUUUCAAUGGCUUCACUCUCUGGAACUUUCGUUCAACUGGAUUGGUUUCAUUAG